AUGACUUCAAUGGAUAGAUGUAUUCUCCCCGACGUGGUGAAACCCGUCAACUACCAUGUAUCUCUGUUUGACCUCGAACUUGGUGGCUCUUGGGUUUACAAGGGCAUUGUCAAAAUAGAUGCUCAAGUUACCAGUUCCACCAAGGAGAUAGUGCUGAAUUCGAAGGAGAUCAAGGUCCAAAACGCAGAAAUAUUUGGAAGAGAUGGAACCAAAUUAUCGAAGGCAUCUGAUAUAACGUACGACAAGAAGUCAGAACGAGUGAUUUUCAAGUUCCAGGAAGAAGUUUCUCCCUCUGACAUCGUGUUGUCUAUCACUUUUACGGGAACUAUGAACAGUGCGAUGGCCGGCUUUUAUCGUUCAAAAUAUAAGUCUGUUGUAGAGCCGGCUGGCGACACGCCAAACGAGGAUGGCUUCCACUACAUGUUAAGCACUCAGUUCGAGUCCUGUGAUGCUCGUAGGGCUUUCCCUUGUUUUGAUGAACCGAAUCUUAAAGCUACUUUUGACUUUGAGAUUGAAGUCCCCAAAGGACAAACGGCUCUUAGCAACAUGCCAGUUAAGUCCGAGAGGGAAAGCAGCAACCCGGGUCUGAAGGUUGUCUCGUUCGAAAGAACUCCAGUGAUGAGCACAUAUCUUCUCGCUUGGGCAGUUGGGGAUUUUGAGUACGUUGAAGCUAUGACCGAGCGAAAGUAUAAAGGGCAAAGCAUACCUGUUCGCGUCUACACAACGAAGGGCCUGAAAGAGCAAGCCCGAUUUGCAUUAGAGUGCGCCCACCGCACUGUGGACUACUUUUCCGAGGUCUUUGAGAUAGAGUAUCCCUUGCCCAAGGCUGAUCUACUUGCGGUCCACGAAUUUGCCAUGGGGGCUAUGGAGAAUUGGGGUCUUGUCACUUAUCGGACAACUGCUGUUCUUUUUGAUGAAGGGCGAUCUGAUGCGCGGUAUAAAAAUCGCAUAGCUUAUGUUGUUGCGCACGAACUGGCUCAUCAAUGGUUUGGUAACCUUGUAACAAUGGAUUGGUGGAAUGAACUAUGGUUAAACGAAGGUUUUGCGACUUGGGUUGGUUGGUUAGCAGUCGACCGUUUUUAUCCCGAAUGGAAUAUAUGGUCUCAAUUUGUCGCUGAAGGCGUACAACAAGCAUUCCAACUCGACUCCUUACGUGCGUCCCACCCAAUAGAGGUCCCCGUGAAGAAUGCUCUAGAGGUCGACCAGAUUUUCGAUCACAUUAGCUACCUUAAAGGUAGCUCGGUGAUUCGAAUGCUGAGCAAUCAUCUUGGCCAGGAGACUUUCCUUCGCGGGGUAGCUAUGUAUCUCAAAGCUCACGCAUACGGCAAGUUAUCAAGCAACGCGACUACCAAUGACCUUUGGUCCGCCCUCAGCAAAGUUUCCAAUCAGGAUAUCAAUAGCUUCAUGGACCCGUGGAUACGGAAAAUCGGAUUCCCUGUCGUUAACAUAAAAGAAGAGUCUGGACAAAUAAGUAUUCGACAAAGCCGCUUCCUCUCAACAGGAGAUGUGAAACCAGAAGAGGAUGAAACAACGUGGUGGAUUCCACUUGGGAUUAAAUCAUGUUCAAAGACAGAAGCUAUAAAUUCUCGUGCACUUGUCUCUAAAGCCGACACUAUUCAAGGUGUCGGUCAAGAUUCAUUCUAUAAGAUCAACACGGACCUUUCAGGUUUUUAUCGGACAAAUUACCCAGCAGAUCGAUUGUCGAAAUUGGGUCAAUCUUUGGAAUUACUGAGCACUGAAGACAAGAUUGGUUUAAUAGGCGACGCCGCCGCUCUUGCAAUGUCUGGAGAGGGCAGCACUGCAGCUCUAUUGGCCCUCCUAGAAGGGUUCAAGAUGGAGAAAAAUUACUUGGUUUGGUCUCAGAUCGCUUCUUCAGUUGCAAGCCUACGAUCUGUUUUUGCUCAGAAUGAAUUAGUAGCCACAGGCCUGAAGAGGUUUGCUCUUGAAUUGGUGUCUUCUGUUACAGAACAAUUUGGUUGGGAGUUUAAGCCAGAUGAAGACUAUCUUACUGUUCAACUCCGGAAGCUUUCGAUUGGCAUGGCCGGCCUUGCGGGCGAUGAGAAAACUAUUACUGAAGCUAAGCGGCGUUUCAAGCUCUGGGCCAAUGGCAAAGACAUGAGUGCUAUCCACACAAAUUUACGCUCUGCAGUCUUCGGCAUCGCAAUAUCAGAAGGAGGCCGUGAUGAGUACGAGUCCGUCAAAGAAGAAUAUCUCCAGACAGAUUCCGUGGAUGGCAAGGAGAUCAGCCUGGCAGCUCUUGGACGCACUACAGAUUCUGAAUUGGUUAAGGAUUAUCUGGACUUUGUGUUUUCAGACAAAGUGGCAAUUCAGGACGUGCAUAGUGGCGCUGUUUCUUUGGCUGCAAACUCUAAGGUUCGGCAUCUACUAUGGGAGUAUAUGAAGAACAACUGGAUGGCUGUUGAAACUCGCCUAUCAGCAAAUAAUGUUGUCUUUGAGCGCUUUGUGCGAAUGGGGCUUUCAAAAUUUGCAGACUACCAAAUUGCUUCGGAUAUCUCUUCCUUUUUUCAGGGAAAAGACACUAGCGCUUAUGAUCGUGCUUUAGUGAUUGUUUCGGACAACAUUCAUACUAAUGCACGCUACAAGGAAAGGGAUGAAAAGCAGGUUCUGGAAUGGCUGCAAACUCGUAAAUAUGUCUGA